UCCCUCGCCACCCGCAUCCAUAAGAAAUCUGCAGAAAAACAGAAAGGACAUUAAAUAAGAAUAUCUACUAUCAGGCAGAUUCAGUGUUGAAGAAUGGCUGAUUUUGACAAUAGCCUCAGCCUGGAAGAUGCUUUAACUGAAACACCACCCCAAAUUGAGGAAGAGAUAAAACGAGAUUUCAUGAGCACACUAGAAGCAGAACCAUAUGAUGACGUGGUGGGAGAAACUGUGAGCAAAACAGACUACAUUCCCCUACUGGAUGAUGAUGAUAAAACUGGGAACCCAGAGUCAAAGAGCAAACCUCAUUUGGAUGGUGGUCAGGUUGAAAGCACUACACCUACCAAACCAACAGUGUUAGCUAAUGGUGAUCAUGAAAUAGAAGAGAAUGAUGCCACUGAUCCUUAUCAGAUGUACCAAGAUAAUAUCUUGUCAGAUUUACUGUUUGUCUCUCCUGGACUGGUGAAUACCUCGCCAUUUGCAGAACAUUUGGAUUCUUCAAAAGACAAUAUUGCAGCAGAUGAGCCCUCCUAUGAAUCAUUUGUUUCAAGAACCGAGACAGGAUCAGGAGGAUGGCCCAUGGAAGCCCAGAACCCUUCAGACUCAUCCCCUUUUGUCUUCCUGGAAUCUAACCCUCAGCCUCUCCAGCCCACAGCAGAGCCAAUCAAGGAGGUAGAGAUGGAGGUGGAAUUAACCAAGGAGGCAUUGUCAGUGAAAGAGGUGGGAAUGAACCUGGCACCUUCCAUGGAAGUGGAGAAGGCACCAGUAAUGGAAAGUGAACCAUUUAUAGCAGUGGCACCAGUCAAGGUGGAGGAUGAACCAGCUAUGGAGAUGGCAUCAUCCAAGGGGGUGGAAGAUGAACUAGCCAUGGAGGUGGCAUCAAUCAGGGAGGCAGAGGAUAAGCCAGCUUUGGAGUUAACACCAGACUUAAGGGCCCAGACAGAACAAGGCACAGAACCAACUGAACAGACCCAAGAAGUACCAUCUGUGGAUAUGGAACUUGCCAAGGAGAACCAGAUGAUCCCAGCCAAGGAAUCCCAGGUGGUGCCAACUGUUGAGGUGGUAAAGAUACCAGUUAUGGAGGUAGAACAAACUAAGGAAGCCCAGCUGGCACCAGUCAUGGAAUUGACACUGACCAAGGACAUAGAGGCCAUAACAACACUAGCCAAGGAUGUGGAAGUAGAGAAAAUGAGUGAACCUCAGAGACUGGCAUCACCCCAGGCUGAAGAAAGCCGGGUUUUCACGGCCUCACCAGAGUCCCCUAAGAUACCUGGCAUGGACAGUUUGGAACCACUGCAAGAACAGAUACUGCCGGGAGUUGUUUCCCUUAACACAGAACCAAGAACAGAUUCCAAAGUGGCUGAUUCGAUUUACUUUGAACAAACAGCUCCUGUUCCUGUAGCUGAAGUGAAUCCUUUUAAACUUUGUUCUGAGAAUUCCCCAGCAUUAUCUGCUGAAGUACCUUUAGAACCAGUUGCAGUCCUAGAACAAAAAGUAUACUUGCCAGAAACUUCAGUUCCUGCAGAAGAUAAGGCUUUAGAGAAACUGGAAGAGAUUAAAGCCCUGGUAUCUUCUCCAGAGACUAUAGCAGAAACACUGAAUACAGGACCAUUAGUACAAAGUGAAGCAUCCCCACUAGAAGAAAUGACUUCUUCUAUUGAUUUUGCUGCAUUAGAAAAGCCAAAGGGAGAGAUCGAACGUUGCCACAUCUCAUCUUCAGAGUCUUCUCUGGAGCCUACAGGUGCCCCCGCCGCACAAGCAAAACAAGCUUACAAAGCCAGUGACCGCAGGUUUGGUACACCCAAGCCUGCAUGUCUUACUGAUGUGCCCAGUGAACUGCUGGGAGGCCAUUCUCAGCAGAAGAUUCUUGAUCAAAGAGUGGAGCCCUUCUUUUGGUCAGAAUCUGGAUGGACCUCUAGCUCUUCCCCCAGAUCCAGGUUUCCCCAUAGGAGGACACCCCAGACUGACUUCCUGGAAUCACGAAGGGAUGUUGGGAGAGAGACGUGGGAUGUGGAAUGUAGCCCGGCAAGCCUGAAGAAAAAGAAGAAAAAAUCUAAGCAAAAGAGAUAUCCUCAACCUGUCGUUGGAGAACUUUGGGAUGAAAACACAGAGGUGUCCAAAGCUCACCUCGCAGGAGCUGACCUACCAAAGUCAGGUGUUGUGCCAGGGCCAUCUGCUGCCGGGACGAAAGAAUACAGGCCGGUGUCCAAAGACAGCUCUAAAAAAGGAACCGCUGCUCGCCCAAGAGAGGCCAAGUCGGUGGCUGCAUCCUCUGCCUUGAGUACCUCAUCGAGUCCUAGCCAGGAAGCCUACGACGUUGAAAGCCGUCCUCCGAUUGUGGGGGCUACACAGGAGAGAGAGGAGGCCACUAGAGAAAAAGAGGCCCCAGGUAAUGGCUCUCUCUCACAGAGCAAGAGCCCACUGAAGAAGGAGGCUGCACAUCUCGAUGGUAAAGCACCGCCAAGUCGAGGCGAAGAUCCCUCUUUAGCGCUGCUCGAUUUCCCCUUGAAGCCUGCUUUGGAUAAAAUCCAGGCUUUGGGAGUGCCAGAUUCAGCGUUACCAUGUCCAGAAGUUUCUCCAAGCAAACAGGUAGAAACUCCUUUUGAGGCCAGAGCUGGAGAAGGCAGCGGUAGUAACAUGAAUCAGGAAGCCAAGGAUGCAGAUACAAAGUCUAUAGUGCCACAGGCGCAGAUUAAAGCAUCCACAGUUGAUACAGGUGUUACGGCAAAUAGUCCGAGGGACAGUGCUGGUGAAACCAAAACAGUUGACCAGAGUGCACCGAAAUCACCAAGUCUUUUAAAGAAUAAAGAGGAACAGAACAAACUUUUUGAAGGGAUUGACAUAAGCAAAAUGGCAGAAAACAAAAGUUUUCCUGAGCAAAGGCAAGAAGUGGGAUGCUUUGCUUCUGAGCAGCUGGAACAACCUGAGAAAACUGGUGAUAGUAAAGAGAGAAGAACAAGAGAGAGUGUAAAACUGCCAUUCCUUCUGGAAACACAGAAAGAUGGUAUAAAUUCUGGGGCAAGUCAGAGAACGCCCCAAAUGAAAGGGACAAGUGUCCAUGAUAAACAUAAGGGAGUAGAAGCUAUGCCUUCCAAUCAGCUUUUAGAGACAGUGGCUAGUCUCAUUAAGACAGUGCCUGAGGAACCUAAAGAGAAAGUUGACUCAAUUGUGGAAGUUGAAAGUACCUCCAAAGUAUUAAGUUAUUUGGAUGAUAAGAUAGUCAUGGGCCAGACACUUGGAGCUGUAGUAGAGAAACAUAUGGCUAAAGAUCCAGAAAAAGACCAGAGGAAGGAGGGAUUGUGUCCCAUUUCUGAAUGUGCCUGGGCAAGUUCUGCUCAGUCCAAUGUACCUCUCCAAGUUUCUGAGAAACCUAAAAAGAGGGGUAGUGAUGGGAAAAACAAAAAGUUUAAAAAAAGUUAUUCUGGACAGCCAGCUCUAAUGGAGAGAAAAACAGAUACACAUAUCCUGUCCUUUACAGACAAGAAUGGAAAUCAAGACAAACAAGUUAAUUUCUCUGAUAAAAACAAGGAGUUAGGGCUCCAGCCUGCGAAAAUUCCUAAUCCUUUGCUUUUAGAAGUUUCUGACAAGCCCAAAAAGUGGUCAGUUGGUGAAAAAGACAGAGCCAUUGAGAUCAGUUCUUCUGAACCCUGGACAUUUAUUGAGAACACAAAACACAGGGCUAAGGACUCUCCUUGCACUAUAUCAGAUACAGAUAGGACAAAUGUCAGCUGCAAUGAACAGACCCUCCCUCAGGGACCUCCCUCUUCAGGGCAGGAUAAGGUAGAAGGGACUGGGAGCCAAGGAGUAGUGGCUGACAAACCAAAGAAAAGAUGUAUAGACGGGAAAAGUAAAAAGGAUAAAAAUGCCCACCUUCUAGAGAGUAAACCAGCUACUACUGGAGUACCGGUUCCUAAGGAAGCCAAAGAGGAAUUUAAGGUUGAGGGGAUGAGCUGUGUAGAUGAAAACAGAAAUAUUACCUAUUGCUCCUCAGAACCACCAUCAAUUUGGUCUAGUGAAACAAACACACUCAAAACCUCCCUUUUGCCUAAAUCAGAGAUUUGUGAGGAACCACAUUCCCUAGUUUCCUCAGAUGCGAAGAUGAGUGGCUCUUUUCCAAAUGCCAUAGCAGAAAAUGGGAAAGAGACUUCUCAGGCACAGAUUUCCAAAUUACAAUCAUUAGAUGACCCUAGAAAAGAUAGCGUUGUGGGUGAGGAAAGAGCAUGUAGCCUAGGAAAGGGCCCCCCUGUUGAUUCUCUUCCCAAUAUAGCAGUUAUUCCAGAUGUUAGAGGGGCCACAGAAGCAGAGAAACACCAAGGGAAUUGCACAGUUAAGAAAAAGGACAAAUUCAGCCCACCUGGGCAUAUUGAUCCACUACAGAAUGAAACACGGAUGGAUGGAGGACAGGUAGCAGAAGAGUGUGAUGAGAAAGUCAAAGGAAACAGUUCAGAUAAUACCACUAAGCAGCCAGAGGAGAAGAUGACAGAGCCAGCAAAGGAACAGAUUCAUGUUCACAUACCAGUAGAAGAUGCAAGUCUAGUAUCAGAGAACAAAAGCAUGGCUGCCCAUCCAGUGCCCAUAGAAAAAGAGAUGGAUAAAGGGAAAGCCCUAGUUACAGAGGCAGUUUUGCCAGUCAUUAAAAAUGGAAAACCAGAUCUUCUUGAGGAAAAGCACACUCAAAAGUUGAAUUCCAAGGACCUAGUAAAUUUAGGUGGCAAGGCAGAUAUGACUAUUCUGCCUUCUAAACAGGAAAAAACUGAAAUAGAAAAACUCAGCUUUAGUUGUAAAAAUAGAGACCAGGAAGGUGAUCUCUUGGUGCCUACAGAUCUCCCAGCAGGUUUGUCAGAUGCUAAGGAAGGACCUACUCCAUUGGAAGAAGUAGUAGAUAAUUUGUCACCAGCUGUUAGUAAGAGUAAUAAAUCCACGAAGCCUAAAGAUACAAACCUUGAGUCAUCCCAGAAAAUAACAGAAAAAUCUGGACAGAGAACAGUGGGAGAUGGAAAGCCAGAAGUGAGAGGCAAAGUGGCAGAACCAUUGAAAGGCUACAUGAGACCCACCAAAUCCAGGGGACUCACCACACCAUUGCUGAGACCUGCUCUUCUGGAUGGAGAGAAGCCUAAGCAUCUGAAGGCUCAUGCCAAACCAGAAGAAGUUCAGUCCUCUGUGAAUUUGAAUGGAAAUGACAUCACUGCUCCUCCAAAUAAGGAGCUCCCCCCAAGCCCUGAGAAGAAAACAAAGCCAUCAACCACUACUCCAUCUGCAAAGACUGCUACACCGAAAACCAAAUCAGUGCCCACUCCUACCCCCAAGCGACCGGUUGCCACCCCUCCUGGUGGCCCAAGCAAAAAGCCCAUGAGCCCUGCUCCAGGCCUAGCGCCAGCUGCCCCACCCAAACGACCUGCUGCUGCCACGGCUGCCACCCGGUCUUCUUCCUUAAUCUCAAGAGAUGGAAAACCAAAGGCUACAGAUGCAAAGAGCCCUGAGAAAAGGACCACACUAUCCAAAUCUCCUUCUGCCACCAUUGCUAAAACUGGCUCAAAGAAUACCCCAACCACCCCCCGAGUCACAGUGGCUGCUUCUUCCAUGACAACUGGUCCAGCCAAUAGAAGCACCUCUUCUUCGCCUCCCAAGAAACCUUCCUCUCUCAGGAACGAGUCAAAGCCGACAGACAUCAAGAAGACGACUGCAAAGUCCUCGCUAGUGGACUCAGGUCGUCCAAAGACUGCCCCUGCUGCCGCUCCGAAGACAACCAGCACCUUGUCUUCAGGGGCACCCCUGCCGGGGGCAGCUUCCAGCCGAGUCAAGCCCAGACCUGCCACCCUGAGGCCCUCCACAACCCCCUCUGUGGACACCAAGAAGCCAGGAGUGCCCAAGGCUGCCCCAACUAAACCAAAUCCCAUAGCACCAAGACCAGGUCGUCCAUCAAUGAGCAUCUCUGUCCCAGACCUCAAGAAUGUCCGUUCUAAGAUUGGCUCCACAGACAACAUCAAGCACCAGCCGGGAGGAGGCCGGGCCAAAGUAGAGAAAAAAACAGAGGUCAUCGGUACAACACGAAAACCUGAACCCAGUGCAGUCUCUAAAACAGCCACCACCUUUAAAGCAGCUGAGUCAAAAGAGAGUGCCCAAAAACAGCCCACUGGGAAAGUCCAGAUAGUCUCCAAAAAAGUGAACUACAGCCAUGUUCAAUCCAAGUGUGGUUCCAAGGACAAUAUUAAGCAUGUCCCUGGAGGUGGUAAUGUGCAGAUACAAAACAAGAAAGUGGACAUUUCCAAGGUGGCCUCCAAGUGUGGCUCCAAAGCAAACAUCAAACACAAGCCUGGAGGAGGAGAUGUCAAGAUUGAAAACCAGAAGCUGAACUUCAAGGAGAAGGCCCAGGCGAAGGUGGGAUCCCUGGAUAAUGUUGGGCACCUGCCCGCAGGUGGCACAGUCAAGACUGAGGGGAGCGGCGAGGUGGCUCCGCUGUGCCUGGCCCCUCCAAGCGGGGAGCCCCCUGAGGCCCAGGCAGGCCCCAACACGCAGGCGAAUGGCGUAGGGCACCUAACCCCCUCAGUGGGUGGUGACCAAAGGGAAACUCAGACCUUCGACACCCAGAUCCAGGAGACAAGCAUCUAACGAUGAUAUUCUGGUCUCGUCUUCCAUCCCCCCUUCCGAUAACUCCCCCCUCCCCCUCUCGGUCUCCCCCCUCCCCCCUCCUGUGUCCCCAUCGCCU